CAUGCACCAGGGAGACACAAGAACUGCCUGGGCUGGGGGAGGAUGGUUAGAGGGGUUUCCCGCUUACCUCAACCCCUAUUUUUAAUUUUGUGGCCAGGCAGUUUGCAAUUUUUCUUUCUCUAUCCCUUUUUCCCGAAGUGCCCAGCACCAUCCCGCAGUGCCUCUGGAAGGUGACAUCUCCCAGUGCAAACGUGGCCAUUGCUGGCAUAUCCUGCGUCCGGUCUCUCUGGAAUCCUGCCAGUAGUGGCCCAUCUUGUGGACGUGACAAUAUUUAGGCUUCUCCAGGGCUGGACUCGCCUCCUGCCUGUGCGUGGGUGCUGCAGGAGUCAUCUGACCCCUGGGCACAUUGGUGUUGGAGCAUCCCCGUGACAGCACGCUGCCACAGCUCCUGCUCCCCCACCGUGACAACAGAGCUCCCCAACGCAGGUGGGACACGCAGCAACGGUGCUUCUGGUGGCACUUCCCCUCUCGAAGGGAAUUCACGUGGGAAUGCCGGAGGAUACAGUUUCACAACCCCAAAGUGUGCAUAGCCAACUGGAGAAGCCAUCAAGUACUGCAAUUCUCUGCAAUAACUGUGGAAACCCAUGCAAAGGAGAAGUUUUGAGAGUUCAGAACAAGUAUUUCCAUAUUAAGUGCUUUGUUUGCAAAGCUUGUGGAUGUGACCUGGCUCAAGGAGGAUUUUUUGUGAGACAGGGAGACUACAUCUGUACUUUGGACUACCAGAGACUCUAUGGCACACGGUGCUUCAGUUGUGAUGAAUUCAUUGAGGGAGAAGUGGUCUCAGCACUGGGCAAAACCUAUCACCCAGACUGUUUUGUGUGUGCUGUCUGCAGGCUGCCUUUCCCUGCAGGUGACCGCGUAACAUUUAACGGGAAAGAGUGCAUCUGCCAGAAAUGUUCCCUGCCCCCUGCCAGCAACACUGGCUCUUUCCCCGUACAGAACCUGCGAAAUUGUGGAGGCUGUGGUUCAGAAAUAAAAAAUGGGCAGUCAUUGGUUGCCUUGGACAAACACUGGCAUUUGGGCUGUUUUAAAUGCAAUACAUGUGACAAGCUACUGAAUGCAGAGUACAUCAGCAAGGAUGGCAUUCCAUACUGCGAAACGGACUAUCAUGCAAAGUUUGGUAUCAGAUGUGACAAUUGUGAAAAGUAUAUCACAGGAAGAGUGCUCGAGGCAGGAGAAAAACAUUAUCACCCAACCUGCGCACGAUGUGUCAGGUGCAAUCAGAUGUUUGCAGAAGGAGAAGAAAUGUAUCUUCAAGGUACAUCCAUUUGGCAUCCGGUUUGUAGACAGGCUGCAAAGGCUGAAGAAAAAAACAAGGAAACAAGGACUUCAUCUGAGAGUAUUAUUUCUGUACCUGCUUCAAGUACAUCAGGUUCCCCAAGCCGUGUGAUCUAUGCAAAGCUUGGAGAUGAAAUUCUUGACUACAGGGAUUUGGCUGCUCUUCCUAAAAAUAAAGCCAUCUAUAACAUUGACCGCCCAGAUAUGAUCUCCUAUUCUCCAUAUAUCAGUUACUCUUCAGAUGACAGGCAUAGUUACGGGGAGUCACCUCAGUUGCUCUCUCCAACACCUACUGAGGGUGACCAAGAUGACAAAUCUUUCAAGCAGUACAGGACAUCAAGCCCUAGCUCUGCUGGCUCACUGGGCUAUGGUCGCUACACUCCAACCUCCCAUUCUCCUCAGCAUUACAGCAGACCAGCUGGUACUCAGAGUCUUGGUACCAGUAGCUGCAUCUCCCUGCCCCAACACCCAAGCCCUACAUCUACAUUCAGACAUCAUUACAUCCCUUUCUUCAAAGGCAGUGAAAGUGGUCGGAGCACUCCAAGCUUAUCCAUGUACUCAGACAGCAAAUCUUCACCUUCUGUCUAUCAGCAGGCUCCUAGGCAUUUCCAUAUUCCAGACACUGGCGUAAAAGAUAACAUCUAUAGGAAACCUCCUAUCUACAAACAGCAUGCAGCAAGAAGGUCAGAAGGGGAGGAUGGAAGCUUGGAUCAGGACAGUAAGAAGCUAAAGACCAGUUGGCUUAUUCUGAAAGGAGAUAUGGACACCAGAACUAAUUCCCCGGAUUCAGACACCAGGUCCCUGUCACUCACUGCGGGAAGCGACAGAGAAAAUUUCCUGAGGGCGCAGGAGGGCAUGACUGCCGGCUACUCCCGAUUUCCAUAUUCUAAAUCUGCUUCUCUACCUGGCUAUGGAAAGAAUGGCUUACAUCAGCCUGAAAAUAUGGGCCAAUAUGAAACAGACCAGGAGGCGAGCUGGGGGAUGAAAGAAUACAAGGUAAGAAGGGCUUUUCCAACACUGGAAGAACAAUCAGAUUCAGCACUUCCUAGCAAGAUUUAUCCUUAUGAAACACUUAUUGUAACAAACCGUGUUCGUGUGAAAUUGCCUAAGGAUGUGGACAGGACCAGGCUGGAGAGACAUUUGUCCCCUGAAGAGUUCCAGGAAGUCUUCAAAAUGAGCAUUGAAGAAUUUGAUCGUCUGGCACUUUGGAAGCGGAAUGACCUGAAGAAAAAGGCCCUGCUUUUCUAGCCCUUCCCAGAUAAAAUAUGUGCUUAAUCAAAACAAAAAUAGUCUUGCCAGAACUCUCACAUGCUCUUGCUGUUGAACCAUUGUCCAGCUUCAUUGUGUUAGUUUGUGUCAGGGGAAACAGGACAGAUUAGAUGGCAACAUGUUGGAAUACAGAGAAUUUGCUAAUCGUGCAUGACCAGAUGGUACUGUCAGUAACUCCUGGUCCUACCCAGUUUACAACACGCAAAAAAUCUAGCUUUGAAUUUGUUGUUGCUCACAGUUAUUGCUUGAUGCAAAUGGAAAUCAUGGAAGGAAGAGAAAAAAAUGUAGCUGUGACAAAGGAAAUGCAUCCAACAUUUUGUUCCAUUAGGUUUUACGACACAAUUUUUGCAAGACCAAGGAAGUAAUGAAUACAAAAUUCUCCAAUGGGGGAUCACAUGCUAUUAAAAAUAUGGUAAAAGCCAAAGAAAAGCAUGUCCACAAGCAAUUAUUGCAAAUGUUUAUGUAUGGUACUUUUUAAGAAUGAAAGCUAAAAUAUGGAAGCACCUUAAUUCUACUUCUUAUACUUUAGACACAGCCUACUCUCUGAAAGGUCAUAUUUGUCUAGAAGGUAACUAGCUAUCUUUAAUUACAACACAAGAGUUUUUAUUUUAUUAAGAAUAUAUUGUGACAUAAAACAGUUAUAAUGACUAAAAUGUAUAGAGACCUACUUAAAAAUUUAGUCCCAUUCAUCAGGAAAACUGAAGCCUUAUACAAAACUGGUUUAAGGAUGUGGUGCCAGUUAACUAUGUUUUCCUACUAGUUUGGGGUGUUUGGAGAACUUUUUUUUUACAUUUCAUGCUGAUAAAAAUACCAUGUAAUCUUAAUUAUAUGUAGAUAGAUAUAUCUACCUAUGAAAUAAUUAUUUUCAUUAAUAUCUGUCCUAAGUACAGACAUUCUUACUUUCUCCACUUUCUGCCUUUACAUAGUAAACCAUGAGAACUGUGAUGGCAACUGUUAGGUGUGGAAAUGGAACAGUUCAGCAUAAAAUGUAACAAAAAAAGCUUGAUGUGCUCUAUCUAUAAUACAUCCAAUUAUAAUCAAAUGUAUAAAACCCUCAUGCAUUACUAUUUGCAUGUUUCUAUACAAAUCAAUUAGAAAAAACAAACUAUGUGAUACUGGUGCACUACCUUGAAACUAUCUUAAAUAACAAGCAAAGCUAACAAAAUCUAAGCAUUUGAUAUGAGCGUUAGACCUUUAUAUCUCUUCCAGCUGAAAGACUGUAUUAACUUGAAUAAUUUCAUAUGGUCAGAAGUAUGGUUGCUGACAAAGAAUGUUUUAAAGUGAGUUGCUAGUUUUGCGUGAUACUAAAAGAGCAUUACAAAAAGUAUGUUUUUCAGCCAUGUGUCAGUAUUCUGCAUUUUUACUGCCUUGAAUGUUUGUACUCACUUCGUACUUCACUGUGUCUUUUUGCAUUUCCUUAAAGUAACUGGUUAAUAAAUGCACUACAACACACUGUUUAAAUUGACCCAGCAUUGGAAAAAACAUAGCGUUGCACAUGCCUUCUUCCAACUAACUUUCGAAGUCCAUGCUGUUGGAAAUAAAUAUUUUCUCAUGACCUAAAUGUUUUGUCUGAUGAUACAAAUGUUUUAAAAAGUCAUUAAAACAAAGACAUAACUGAAUAACUUUUCUAAUGUGUGUAUAAUUUUUAGAUUGUACUGCUGCUAUGGAUAGGGUCUUCCUAUUAACAUAAAUAAUAUGUGAUUUGCAUUAGUUUUGCUCAGUGAGGAAAGCAUUAUGUGUAGCUCUGAAUGUCAAGUUACGGUAAAGUUGGUCAUGAUUUAAACAAUCCAUCUACCAACUGGCACAUCUCACCAAGCAAAAAGUGCUUCACUGGUGAUGUUCAGUCUACAGAACUAUUGGUCAGUCUUAACUGAGAGCUUCUGGUCACCUGUAGACUGUAUCCAUAAUGCUUUUCAGUCUCAGAGUAACUUAUUAUGUUUUGCCUGUGCAUGUAAACUGGCAGCAUAUUGAAAUGGGACAGUUUAAAAUGUGAUCAUCAAAGUCCAUCAGUAAUAUAAAAAUCUAAAUCCAGGAAAACAAUUGAUUGGAGAAUCAUGAUGAGUAAUUUUGAUGUUGGUGAAGACUACUCUUCUCAUCUCCACCUUCCUGGGACAUCCAAUUGAUUACAGGCAUCUUCUCCAUGAGUAAAAAAUCGCAGGUUGAUCAAAGAAAUCCAUGUACAGGUGCAGAUCAUGUUCAAUGUGGAUCUUCAUGAAUAAUUUGAAAAUUGCUUAACUACAGCAACUAUUGUACCAGUGUAGGACUCAAUGUAUGCUGCAAGGAAAGUGUUCAUUACUAAGCAAAAAAUGCUCAACAGCUCCAUGCUGCUGUAUUGCAUUAUGCAGGUGUAUAGCUGAUGAGGACAGUGAGAGUAUGUGAGCUCUUUUUGACUUAUUUAUGCUAUUUUGAGCUAGUUAGUCUGUUACAAUAUCUACAGCCUUAAAAGUGUCUCUUGAAGAUCCUUUACUUACCUGAGCUAAAUCAGAUAAAACUCUUGUUUUGCAUACCCUCAUGCAAGCAUUUUAGCUUAUGAAUAUCAGUUCUUAUCACAAUGCAUAACUGUACCUAGAAGUGGUACCCCAUCAUCUAUCUACAUUUGCUUACAAGUCAGUUUGUCAUUCUGUGCCCCCUUUCUUAGUCAGUGAAAAGAAAAAAAAAAAGCACUUCAAUCACAUCCUGAUGUUCAAAACUAGUUACAUGAAUUGCACCUAUUAUAUUUCUGUUCACUGAAUACAAAUAAAGCCAAUCCAACUGCAGGAAUAUACAUUGCAAGCUAUCUUAGAUGAAAUUGAUUCUGUGCCCGCAGUCUAUAAGUGAAAAUAAUAAGCCAGAUUUUACCAAGUUGGUGGAAUAGCAGUCUUGCAAACACUGGCAGUUACCAAAUCACUUCCAAGCCAUUAGGAUGGUCCUUUCAAUUACACAGGUGUCACAAAAUGCUGUCACAUAGUAAUUCUUUGUGUUUACUAUACUGUUCACCAAACAGGGAUGCAUUUAAUGCCAAGCACACAAAAAUGUUUUACAAGACAGUCAGUUUAUCCACUUAACGUUCCUACUACCAGCCAAAACCGCAAAGGAAUUUUGGCUUCCAUACACAAAACCUUUCCUGACGUUCAAUGAAGAAAUACUCAUGUGUCCUUAUUCUAGAAAUGAUCUGUAGAUGCCUGUUCUGUGCCCAGGUGGUGUUACUCAAUUAUGUGUUCUGUUUUUCCAUUUAUACAUGUUGGUAUAUCACUCUGUAUUUAAAGCAUCUGCUAUCAUACGGUGUAGGGACCUAUUAAUUAUGCUUUCAAGCCCAACUGAAUUCUCAUUUAUAAUACGAUAUUGUAUGCUGAAUUUGGCACCAGCCAAAUACAUCAGUGUAAAAGGGCUAUGAAUUGAGUAGUCUUGUAGUUUACUUCACUGCUACAUUUCCUGUACAUCACCUAGACUCCAUAAACCAGAACAUGACAUAGCUGAGACUACAACAUUUCUGUUUUUAAAAUGUACCAUAUUUUCCACAUUUAUAAACUGGAAAUAUGAAUUUUAGUUAUGUAGUCUUCUUUUAGGAGCUUAGAGCAUCCUGUUAAAUAAAUGUGAAUAGACUAAUGUGAAUAAUCAAUGUUCUGGUUUAUUUCUAGAGUUCCACAUGCUACUUCUAAAUAGCAUUAUGAAAUGGAAAAUGCAUUUCAGAGUAAUAAGAUAGAUCUUUGCCAGAGUAUUCUGAUAGUGUGAUCCAGCAUUGGCAGUAAUGAACUGAAAGUCUCAAUAAAUCAUAAGCUGUUUUUUAGAUAAUGCUCAUUCAUGUUAUUAAGAUACUGUUCCAUAGUCCUGUUUUCAAGGAAAUACUGUCUUCCAGCAUUUUUGUUAAGUAUGGAUAUGGCUAUGCAGCUCAAAAGAAUCACCCAUAUGUAUACAAGAAACAAGGGAAUUUUGUCAGAGAUUCAUUUUCAUAUUUGGGUCCGAUGUGUGUGUCUCAGCUGUUCAUGACAGCCCUGAUAUAUGACUUAAUCCUCACCUCAUGUAUUUUAAAGAAGGCAUGUCUCAAACAGAGCAGUGAAAGAGCCAACUUAUUUCGUCAUCAUAGUCUUUGAGAGAAAGGAUUUUUGUGGUUGCUGAGGAAUAUCUGAUCAAUAAUUCCAGAUUAGGAAAACAGGCGUGCCAAAUUACCAUCUGAGCUGGCUCAGAAAGCUGGACAUUUUUUUCUGACCUUCUGCUAUUUCUUUUCCUUGAGAUUUAGGGGAGAAUUCUAGAAACUGGAAUUGCAGAAACAAGGAAAUAUAUAGUUGUGAGAAACUACCUGGAAAGUAAUAACUUUCUAAGUCUAAGCCCAUUUUACAUGAAGAAAAAAGAUAGAGUUCAGACUGAGAGAGAUACCUUGUCUUACAUUCCUCAUUUUGAUUGGGAACCAUCUAUUUAACAUUAACAUAAAUGUGACUGAGCCAGAACAUUAAUUUUAUUAGCCUUUUCACAGAUCUGUAAGAAAAUGCCGUUUGCUAUUUACAGAUGAGCUAGGUGAGACUGCAGGCACUGCCAUCUGUGUGGUGCAUGGGCUCCAGGGUGUCCUUCUAUUCUCCUGUCCCUUUGACUCAUGUGUGAGGGAAAAGGAUCAUGGUGUUCUAAGUUUCCUAAGAUCUAGACUGACCCUUUACAAAUGUGAUUACUUGAUAGCUCAGAGGCACGGCAACCAUUUUUCAUGUAUCUUGAGUAUCUGAAAUAAAGAUAAAUGGUUUUAGUAUCACAAUAUCAAACGGCAAUCUUCUCGUAUAUGUAAAAUUAUACUGGAGGCUUGCAUUUCUUCUUCAUAUCCAGGCUGCCUCUGAGGUAUGGCCAAAUCCUCACAGGCUCAUGGAAGGUGCUAGCUCUGGUUUUUGGAGUCUUUGUACCUCUUCUCACUUCUUCUGUUCUGUGAAAAGCCAUGUUAGAACAGGUGGUACUCAGUAAAAAUGCACACCUCUGAAACAGUAGAUCUCAGUAGUUUACUUCUCUGGUAACGAAGCAUAUGAAGCAAAUUCAAGUUUGUUGGGUUAUUAGGGUUGGUUAUUAUUUCUUCCUCACAACCAUGAUCUCUGAGAGUUGAAGCUAAGAAAAGUAAGUAGUUUUGAGCUUUUUCUAAAUGCUCUUCCUUGAUGAUUUUGCAUGUUUUCCUCCUACCACUCCAUGUUUGACCUCUUGACUACCAUGCACCCAAAUAUUUUGUGGGUAGUUUUUUUGAGUUUGGUUUUGGUCUUUUUUAACUGAUUGAGUAAAUCUGUGCAGUAUUCAAGCAGUUUGGACCAGCCAGUAGUCCUGCCAUGCCAGACUGCUCAAUGGCAGCAGCUCCAGAGUCACUGGUAGGAAAACAAAAACAGGCAAAGCAACAUGUCUCAUGUAUUUAAAUGUAUAUGAUUCAAGGCUUAAAGGAAGAGGGCACUGUCUCAGCUAUGAUGUGUUUACUAUUUGCCGGAAGUCUGAAUAUCCUUGAUUUCUUUUACUGAAUCUUUUUACAUUUGUGUCCGGAAUAAUUUGCUGUUGACCUUUUUUCUCCACAUGCUAUUGUGGACUCCUUCAUUACAUCCUCUAGCUCAUCUUUUCACUAAAAAUUGCAAUGUUUUCAAUUUCUUUUGAGAUUAAAACCUUUUUUGCCUUUGGUAAUUCUUCUGCAAGUUCCUCUCUGUCCAUUGUACCUUGUAUUCAGGAGGUGAUCUAACAGAA